CCCCUUUGACCGCCUUCCCCCCUUCUCCCUCAGAAGAUCAUGAACCCCCCUGCAGCAUGCUCUGGACUUUGCUGCCCGCAAUGAUCAUGGCCCAGUGCCUCUUGUUCCUAUCCAGAUUGUUAUGCGCCUUCAACUAGGCAACGCCUGCCUUAUUGAGAGCCUUGGUCUUCUUCAAGUCGAUGGUUGUCUGCGUUGUCCCAGUACCGGAGACGCGCCCUUGCCAGCUCCCCUCUCCAACGCGGAAUGUGGUCCCACAAAGCCAGGGACAGUGAAGCCACCAUCGGGUACGAAUAUCUCGACACUCAACCCGUGUCCACUCAAUGUCUGUUGCAACAUAUGGGGCAACUGCGGGAUGGACAAGGAUUUCUGCAUCAUCUCUCCGUCUAGUACAGGCAACCCUGGCACUUCGGAGCCCCGGGAAAGAAUGGCUGCAUCUCCAACUGUGGAAUGGACAUCGUCAAGAACGGCGGAAAGCCGAGUAAGUGGCAAGGUGUUGGAUACUUUGAGGGCUGGAAUGGCAACCGACCAUGCCUACACAUGGAUGUGGUCGACGCCCCAUCCGAUCAGUAUAGCAUCAUCCAUUUCUCCUUCGCCGUCAUCGCUCCUGGCACUUGGGACGUGGUUAUACCGCCUGAUUCGCAACAUCAAUUCGAUCUUUUUGUCACCAGGGAAGUGGGGGGAAUGAAGAAGGGAACCGCGACAUUUUUGCCCGUAAGGUGGUUGAGUUCAUCAAGAAACACAAUCUCGACGGCGUGGACCUCGACUGGGAAUAUCCCGGAGCUCCAGACAUCCCCCAACAUCCCCCUGGGUGGUGCCAACGAGGGGACAAACUACCUCGCCCUGUUGAAAGCCAUCAAAAGCCAGAUUCCAUCCGGAAAGACAAUUUCCAUUGCUGCGCCAGCCUCGUACUGGUACCUGAAGGCAUUCCCAAUCAAGGAUAUUUCGGCCGUUGUUGACUAUAUCGACUAUGAUAAUCCAUGGGCCAGUCCUGGGUGUCCCGAGGGCAACUGUCUCCGCUCCCACAUCAACAUGACCGAGACAAAGCUUGCCUUGCCCAUGAUCACCAAGGCCGGCGUUCCCAAUAACAAGAUUAUGGUCGGCCUUUCCAGCUACGGACGUUUCUUCAAGAUGGUCGAUGCCUGCCACGGGCCAAAUUGCCACUUCGUUGGCCCUUUGUCGGCGGCAAAAAAGGGCGAAUACACCGACACAGCAGGCUACAUUGCCAACGCAGAAAUCUUCAGCAUCGCGGAGAGCGACCGAAUCACCUGGUCGGAGACUCACCUUGCCAAUCUGGACACUAGUAUGACCGACUUCAUCGUGUACGACGGCGUCAAAUGGGUCGCCUUCAUGACACAUCUAAACAAGUGGUUCCGUGUCGGCAUGUACCAAGAUUGGAAUUUCGGAGGCUUCGCGGACUGGGCGGUCGACCUCCAAGCCUGGCGUGAGUCCACCAUCGUUGACUCCGACCCGGACGCCGCGGAGAACGUGGAGAGCUGGUGCGCGGAGACCUUCGACUCCCUCGAGGCCGUGGACGAGGCCAAGGAUAGGCACUCAGCGCAGUGCCGCAACGUCUACGCCCUCCGUGUUCUCAGCGAGAUGCAGAAGUCGGCUCUGGAUUCGUACAGGAACCUGGUAGCGGGCGGCUACGACCACGAGUACAAUCUGUACAAGGACCUGGUGAAGCAGAUGGCGCCCACUGCCCUCGUCACCUUCCUCAAGAAGCGCGGCAACGAAUUCUUCGACUGCAACAUCGAGGAGCAGGUGCUCUGCUGCGACUGGUGCGAGCAGCGGUACAGCAAGGAAAGGUGCCGCUACUGCGACAAUACCUGCAAGGGCUACCAGGAAACCAUCAAGCUCAUCCACGAGCGCUGCCCGCCAGACGUCUCGCAGCGCGGCGUGUUGGUGCUAUAUAACGAGGAGGCAACGUCGAAUUACAGGGUGCACUGGGUACUCAAGGCCGGGAAAAGGGACGCCUUCCUUGCGGCAGCACUUGGCCUGCCCGAUGACUGGCUCGGCAUGUCCAAAGACAAGCAAUUGCCGGUGCCAUGUGCAGGAGUAUGGAACUGCGAGUGCCCCGGUUUUAACCCCGAUCCGGAAACCUGCGAGCACACCGGCUACUGGUACGUCGCCAGGACCGACGACGACGGCGUCUCGAACCCCAAGGCCUUCAUCGACGAAGCCUUGUCAAAGCUGACCGAGAUCGGGACCAGAAUGGACGACCUAGCCGACGAGAUGCAGUCCUUCUUCUACAUUGAGGACGCCUCCCCGGGCGACGUCAUCGAAGCCGCGGCACUGCCAAUCCUCAUGCUGGACGAGGCCGUCAAUAGUAUGAAGCAGGUCGCCAAAAUUGGGGAGGAGAUCGACGAGGAGCAACAGAAGAAUUUCCUCAUCAUGCUGCUGACGUCGCUGUUGAUGCUCGUGCCGUUCGUUGGCCAGACGGUCGGUACCAUCGCUCGUCUGGGUACCAUCGGUCGCGCCAUCGCCAUGCUUGGAGAAGUGGGCCACGGUGCCUUCGAUAUCUAUGCCGUCGUGGAUAACCCAGACAGUGUGCCCCUGGCUAUUUUCGGUCUCGUCUUGGGCGCCGGGGCGUUGCGAGACAUCAACAAGGUGGGCCAGGCGGCCAAGGCGGCCCGUGGCAUGAACCCCGAAGACCUCGCUAAACUCGGGGGUAGAGUGAGCGGCAGAAUGAAGACUAUCAAGAGCAUCGCUGGGGAUACUUGCUCUAGAUAA